AUGGCAGGCGACGGCGGUGGCGGUGCCAGGCCCCGAAUGCAAGCUGCAAGAGGGCGGCGGCAGACGGCAGCGUCGGUGCCGUUGGACGUGCUGAUGGAGAUCGCGGUGCGCACCGACCCGGCCACUCUAGUGUGCUGCGCCGCGACGUGCGUGGACAUGCGCCGCCGCGUCAAAGAUUACACUAGCCUCGGUGGCCGCCUCCACUUCCGGCAUAGCGACCGCUUCGUGCUCUCCCUUCUGCGAGGCCACCUGAUCCACACGUACAAGUAUGAUGGCAUGCGACGCAAGGACCAGUUGUCCCUGGUGGACACCACUGCUGUGGACACCGCCACGCGGCGGAGGGUCACCGGCGUCCGCGGCUUCCCCCUCGCGUCGAGCAAUGGCCUCGUUCUCACUCGCGUGGCCCGAGGGCUUUGCGUGUGGGAUCCGGCCACCAGCAGCAGCCAGAGCCUGCCAUCUGCACCGACUUUCCCUGUGGAUGUGGUGGCUACACAACAACACGAUGAUACGACAAAUUAUGUGUUGCUCGUGGGUGACGAUGAUGAUGAGGGUGCGACCGUCGUCGGCCGGCAAUUCCAUGUGGUCAUGGCAUACCUAGAGCUGUCACAACACUGCCGCAACAUGCACUUUCAAAUCUUCUCAUCCGAGCAUGGCGCAUGGGGCCGCUACAACAAGAUCCGAGUUCAUAAACUCCAAGGCAGCAAGUUGCAACGACCACUGGCCAGGGCCCUAGUCGUUGGUGACGAUGCACACUGGUUGGUCUUGACCGACAAAGGGGACUACGUCCUCAAGCUCCAAGUUAGAUUCGGUGAACAAGUCACGGUCAUGAUGCUCCCGGAGAACUUCCCCUGUGGUGGGUGGUGCCGCCAAAUCCUGGCGACAUCGUCGGCAGGUGGGUGCCCGAUUGUGCUCGUCACAGAUGGCGACAAGAUAUCUGUGUGGGCGCAAGCAAAGCAAACGGGCAAGUGGCAGCGACGACCAAGGGUGGUGAUCGAGACAGAGACAAUCUUGCAGUUCCUAGAUGAGGAGGGCGGAAGCAGGCCGCCGCCGAGCCAGUGGGAAGUCAAGCAUGAAAUAAAACUAUUGUGGUUCGCCGAGAGGAGUGGCACCGUGCUCAUUAAGGUGCUCAUCAACAUGUCAACUGUCGGAUAUUUCUGGCUCAACCUGCAGUCCAUGAAGAUCGUGCGCUGGUUCUCAGAUCGUGGGGAAGAGUACCCGACCGGGAAUAUGCCCUAUGAGAUGAAUUUGGCGGCUUGGGUUCCAACAUUCAGUAGCACUUUGUGA